CGAUUACAUAAGAUGUGUGUCGAGCAGCAACUAACAGCAAGUGGAAACUCCCAAAGCACAUCCUCCUGUGUGCCACACUUCGGCACCUCUAUCGAAGCAAACAGGACACUCGGAGACAUAUGACUUCAGUAUGGAACUUGAGACAGCCAUGGCGAAGGCUUUUGAUGAGAUGUCCACCAACCUGACUCCUCAAAUCAUCACUGGCGAGGGAAACACUGUUUUUCACAGCGAGUGGAACAACCUGAACAGAAUCACCACCAACGUUCAUGGUUCAAAUGUGGUAAACAGCGCCGGGGGAAUCAUGAUUCAAGAAGUGAAGGAGAGCCAUGUGAGCACCAAGAAAAGGACCCUUCCUCUCUAUGACAGGUCAUCCAAGAUGAGAAGCCUUAAGAUCACGCCUCCCGAGACGCUGCCAGAGCUGGCAUUCAAAAGAGUUGGCAUUCAAAAGAGUUGGCCCCAAAUUCCCCAAGAAUGCCAACUUUACCCCUCCUGCUGAGAACCAAGUGUCAUAUAAUGCCUCAAUGUUGCAGUACAACACCCACCUCCUCAGCAGAUGGUUGAGGAGCCAGGGCAAGCAGCAAGUGCCUGGAUUUGGUGGUUUUAUUUCAAGCACGGGGAAAGUGCCUCCUAGGAAAUCUACCAUCGACUUUUACACCCCCAUCAACCAGCCCAUUACAGACAACGCAGUAGUGUAUGAGCUACUCAAGAGAUCCGAGGCAGCAACUGAGGAGGUUGGACAGCCAUACACCAACACGUUUGACCUGGGAGUCGCCAUGAAAGCCUGUCCUAUAGUAUGGAAGUACGAGGAGGUAUUCAGUAAGCAUGUGAACCUCAUUGGCAAGUUCCACACAGCCAUGAAUUACAUGGGCAGACUCACUGGGCGCAAGUGUCUUGGAGCUGGCUACGCCGAGAUCCUCAUAGAAGCUGGCCUCGCAAACAGUGGUUGCCUGAAAAAUAUCCUGAGCGGGAAGUCAUAUGCCAAGGCUCUCUUCAGUCUGAAGGCGGUCACAGAGGCACUCGAACGGUUGCUGUUCAAUGUUUUUCUAGAGGAGGAGAAACCAGACAUCCCAUAUGAGAUCCUCUUCAACCUCAUCCACUCUUGCACUUCUGAGAGCCUCAACUCCACUCUGAAGGAUCCCACACUGCUCAAGCUGAUUGGUGACUACCUCCAAUACCAAGACAAGGUACGCAGGGGCCACCUGGGCAAAACGGGCAUGUUCUGGCUCUCCAUGAUGGAUCAUGCAAGGCUGGUCUUUAUGAUGGAUUUUGCUGUGAAAACCAACAAUUUCGAGCUGUUCCAUCACUGCAACGGCGCCAUGGCAGAUCUCUUCUUUGCGUAUGAUGGCCACAACUACGCCAGGUACCUUACCUGGUUUGAGGCCUUUCUCACAUCGACCUCUCCCAUCCUGGUGCUCUUGAUUACAUCAAGCUUGGAGCUAUAGCUGUUGCACGAUCAUUGAUCCCAGGGGCUCUCGCAGCAGUGGACAAGACCAU